GCUACAAGAAAAUGGAGGACACCCCCACCCCCUUGUUGCAUGUAGCUGAAGCCGGAGACAGACAAGAGGCUGAAGGAGAAACUUCCAGAGUGCUCGGGUCGAUUAAUGAACCAAACUUUUGGUCACAAUAGUCUUCAUCAUCCCAACUGAAUUUCCCUGGUAAUGGUCGCGUUGGUCUUCAUUGUCAAUUGUGUCACCCUGGUGACAAGUUGUUAUGGGUUUUCUGAGUGCCUGAAAGUCUUUACUGGAGGAUUCACUCUGGACACCAGCCAUAUCGGUGUUCUGCAUUUCUUGAUUGUUUUGGAUAUUCUUCAGCAUUGAUCCAACCUCUGGGGGCAACAGAAGAGAAGUCGUUUUAGGGUUCUGGAAGUAAACGACUUUAAGCUCAAUACAAGAGAGAAACUUUACCUUACUGCAAAAUCAGACCUAACUAAAUCCCAGAUGGAACACAUAGAAGGGAAGCAGUAUCUGUCUUCGGAAUGCAUCUUGGCUUUUGCAAUUCAACCAAACUUUGGACCCGAAGGAGUUCACACUAAAGUGAAGAGGUAUUUUUGUGCCAAAUGUGGCAAAGCUUUCUCCGUAAAGUCUAAACUUAUAACACACGAGAGGGUCCAUACAGGAGAGAAGCCGUUUCAGUGUGACAAAUGUGGCAAAGCUUUUGCAACAAAGGCAAAUCUUAUUACACACGAGAGGGGUCAUACAGGGGAGAAGCCAUUUCAGUGUCCCGAAUGUGGCAAAGCUUUUACAUCAAAUGCGCAGCUUACCAGUCAUAAGAUUGUCCACACUGGAGCCAAACCAUUUCAGUGUUCAGAAUGUGACAAAGCUUUUUUAAGGAAGUCAGAUCUUCGCAGACAUCAGAUGCUUCACACAAACUCGUUUCAGUGUUCUGAAUGUGACACGGCUUUCAAAACAAGGUCACAACUUAUCAGACACCAGAGGUUUCACACUGGAGAAAAGCCAUAUCCAUGCACAAAAUGUGAUAAAGCUUUUACACAAAUGGCACGUCUUAUUACACACCAAAUGAUUCACACUGGUGAGAACCUCCAUCAGUGUUCUGACUGCGGCAAAGCUUUUGCAUGGAAGUCUGCUCUUAUUGCGCACCAGAAGGCUCACCAUCUAAAAAAGCCUUAUUAUUGUUCAGAAUGUGACAAAGCUUUUACAGCAAAGUCACUGUUCAUCCUACACCAAAGGGUUCAUACUAGAGAAAAGCCGUAUAAGUGUUCUGAGUGCAAAAAAGCUUUUUCAUGGAAAUCAAACCUCACCACACACCAAAGACUUCACACUGGAGAGACACCCUAUCGGUGCUCUGAAUGUAACAAACCUUUUAGAGAGAAGUCAAACCUUAUUAUGCACCAGAGGGUCCACACUGGAGAGAAGCCAUAUCAGUGUUCUGAAUGUAACAAAGCUUUUAGGGUGAAAUCUAUGCUUCUCAGGCACGAGAGGGUCCACACUGGAGUGAAGCCAUUUUGCUGUUCGAAAUGUGGCAAAGCUUUUACAUUGAAGGGAAACCUUAUCAUGCACGAGAGGAUUCACACUGGAGAGAAGCCGUACAAGUGUUCUGAAUGUGACAGAGCUUUUACAGGAAAGUCAGAGCUUAUCAUACAUGAGAGGACCCACACUGGAGAGAAGCCGUAUCGCUGUAGUGAAUGUGACAAAGCUUUUAAAAUUAAGUCUGAUCUCGUCAAUCACAAGAGGGUGCACACUGGAGAGAGGCCAUAUCAAUGUUCUGAAUGUGACAAAGCAUUUGCAAGGAGGUCAAACCUUGUCAAACACCAGAUGAUUCACAAGAGAGAGAAACCAUUUCAGUGUUCUGAAUGUGGUAAAGCUUUUAUAGUAAUGUCAGGUCUUCUAAGACAUGAGAAGGUUCAUGCUGGAGGGAAACCAUAUAUAGAGAAGCCUUUUCAUUGUUCUGAAUGUGAUAAAGCUUUUGCCCAGAAGACCCAUCUUAUCAGACAUGAGAAGCUUCACACGGGAGAGAAGCCGUUUCAAUGUUCUAAAUGUGAAAAAACUUUUAUACAGAAGACACAUCUUACCAGACACCUGAAGGUUCACACUGGAAAUAAAUUGUGUUCUGAAUUGGACAAAGCUUCCCUGGCACCAGAGGGUUCACCCUCUUCAGCUGCUACCCCUUUGAUAACCCCUUCUCCUAGAGAUUCCUCUCUGCAGCAAUGAAAAUGUCUAGAAAGAAAAAAAAAAAAACACUGCGCUAAAUAGAAAGA